AUGACGAGUUUAAUGUUGAGCAAAGUUGCUGUGGCUGCAGUAGUAGUCGUUUGUUUCUCCGUCCUCUUCCUAUCUCCUACUGAAGUGGAGGGGGCGUGUGACAUCCCAAACGGUGUGUGUUAUCCCGGCCAACUCUUCCAGGACAGUUGCAGUGACAGAUGCAAAGCGCUGGACAAGGACUUUUAUGAUGGCACGUGCACUCCUAGGCCAGUUAUAAUGGACUUUAUGAUGGAUUGUAUGUGCUGCAUGUAA